AUGCUCAUCUGGACAGGCGAUCUGGAUGAAGCUGUUCCAAGUGUCCCUGCCGAUGUGCAGAGUGAAUGGUUCGCUGCCCAGAAGGUGGAGUUCCAUGACAUCAGCUCUGAUGGCGAGGAGGAUGUCCGAAGGCCGAGGAGCCGUGCUCCGGUGGAGGCCGAGGCCCAAGAGGAACCCGUUGAGGCGCCUGUGGGCUUGGUUUUCGUGCAGCGCAUUGCCGAACUCGAAAUGCGGAGUGACGAACUCAAGCAGCAGUUGGAGGAGCUUCAUCACUCUGAGUCGGCACUGAGGAAGGAGAACCAGGAGAAGAACGACCUCAUCGCAGUCUUACUCCGGAAGGCGAAGCUCCCAGAGACCAAGCCGGCCGGAAGCGCGCCGCGCGCGGCAGGCCAUUGGUGGAGCCAAGCCUCCCAAAGGUCUGCGCAGGAGGACAUCUUGGAGCUUGAGAGGAUCGUCGAGGACACGACCGAAGACAACAUCCGCUUGAGGAAUGACAUCAAGAUCAUGUCAGACGAGCUGCGGAAAGUGAUGGAUGUGCAGCCGACAAAGGUGGAAAAGAGCAAUAAGGCCCGCGGCAUCGCCUUAGGCGAGAGGGAAAAGAUCACUCUGCUUGCUGGGCAGAGGGUGCGCCAGGUGGGAGGCUCCGACUUUCAGGCUGCACGCAACACUUGGCAGAGGCUGCUCCUGGUGAGCUUGUGCAAGUUGCUGGAGGGAGCACGAGCACUCCGAAAGGACUCCGACUUCCUUCUUUCCGCCAUCGGCAUCCACGGCUCUGCGCUCUCCUAUGCAGCAGAGGAGCUUCAGGAGAACUGGGACUUCGUGAUGGCUGCACUGAAGGCCGAGCUGCGACGGUUUCGCUUCGAGAGCUCUUGGCAGGUCUGA